UUAAACGUGAGACGCCAAGGUCGACCAUUGACGCCUCCUCUUCUCUCCAAUCUCUUCGCGAAUGGCCGACCCAACCGCCGCAGGCCGCCGUGUUGGCGGAACCGAGCACAGCUGGUGCCGCAGCGUGCCGGGCGGGACCGGCGUCCUCGUCCUCGGCUUCUUCCUCUCCCGCCCCGUCCCCCGCCCACUCCUUGAGUCCGCCCUCCACCGCCUCCAGACCUCCCACCCUCUCCUCCGUUCCCGCCUCAACACCGCUGGCCCCGACCAGCCCUUCUUCUCCAUCGCCCACUCCCCAUCCCUCACCGUCCGCCCCCUCUCCGCCUCCGACAUCCUCCAGUCGCCGCCGGCGUCCCCGUCCCACUUCCACGCCCUAUUGGAGCACGAGCUGAACGAGAACCCCUGGUCAUCGCCGGCCCCGUCCCACCCGAUCCUCUUUGCGACGGCCUACGACGACAUGCCCGAGGCGGGCCGGACCGUCGUCGCGCUCCGGUUCCACUCCGCGGCCUGCGAUCGAACCUCGGCCGCGGCGAUCCUCAAGGAGCUCCUGCGUCUGAUAGCCGGCAGCACGAAGGAGGAGGAGGAAGAGGGGUUUCACCGGGCGAUGGAGGAUUUGAUACCGAAGCAGGACGCAUGGAAGCCGUUUUGGGCGCGGGGGAAGGAUUUGGUCGGCUACUCCUUGAACGGUCUGCGGACGUCGACCCUCCGGUUCGAGGACGCCGGUUCGGACCGGCGAUCGGAGGUGGUGAGGUUAGUGUUGGGCGUGGACGACACCCAGAAGCUUCUCAAUGCAUGCAAGGCAAGGGAAAUUAAACUGUGUGGAGCCAUGUCGGCUGCAGCACUGGUCGCUACAAAUUCAUCAAAACAUCUCGAGAAGGAUCGGGCCGAGACCUACACGGUUGUGACCCUCAUAGACUGCCGCAAGUAUCUUGAUCCUGUUCUACAUGAUCACAGUAUUGGAUCCUAUCACUCGGCCGUCAUCAACACGCACAAUGUUCAUGGGGGAGAAGAGCUAUGGGAGGUCGCCGAGAGAUGCCAUGAGUCCUACUCCAAUGCCGUCCAUAAAAAGAAGCAUCUAAAAGACAUCACUGAGAUCAACUUCCUACUGUGCAAGGCCAUCGAUAACCCCCAACUGACCCCUUCGUCUUCCCAGAGGACUGCACUCAUCUCUGUGUUCGAAGAGCCCGUGGUCUACGACUCAUCGGAGCUGCAGCAGGAGCUCGGGGUGGAAGACUAUAUUUGGUGUGCGUCGGUGCAUGGAGCGGGCCCAUCGAUUGCGGUGUUCGACACCAUCCGAGAUGGCCGGCUUGACUGCGCCUUCGUUUACCCUACGCCCCUUCACUCGAGGAAGCAGAUGCAAGAGCUGGUGGAACACAUGAAGACGAUUCUGACACAAGGCAGUCUAAACGGAGGAGACUGAUUAGAACAAGAGUCUCAUUGUUCCAAAGUGGAAGCUUACAAAAGUGUGGAAACUGCUGAUUUAUUACUGUAAAAGUUAGAACUUUUCACUCCAUUGGAUUUGAUGGUAUGCAGGAAUGAAUAAGGGGUUGCUUUCUUGUUUC